AUGGGGUAUGCAAUAGGUAGAAUGUACUUUGCUAGCCCUAAUUGUGGUGAAUUGUUUUACCUGCGUUUGCUAUUAACUGUUGUCAAAGGGUUUGAUUUGUUUGAAAGCUUACGCACAGUUAACAAUGUAUUGUACGGUUCCUUUAAAUUAGCAUGUGUUGCGCCGGGGCUUUUGGAAGAUGAUGAGGAAUGGAUACAAUGUCUUCAAGAGGCUUCAGUCAUGAAGACUGGAUACCAACUUAGGAGAUUAUUUGGCGUUAUUCUUACACAAUGCUCUCCCCUACAUCCGUGUGCACUAUGGAAGCAAUUUUGUAUCCAUAUAUGCGAUAAUCUUGCGCAUAAGAUUCGUACAUUAUUUUCCAUUGCCAACCCAACCGAGGCUCAAGUCAAAGAUUAUGGUUUGUAUCUUUUGGAUGAAUUGCUCCAAGAAUCAAGUAAAAACUUACUUGACUUCCCGCCUAUGCCUAUACCAAUUGGAAAUUGGAGUGUAGUAUUCGGUAACCAAUUGAUUUCAAAACAUCGGCAACUACAGAUUGAGGCGCAAGAGGUAGGUAUACAAACUAAUAUUGAGCGACUAAACAAUGGACAACGUACUGCUUUUGAUGCUAUCAUUUCUUCUAUCUUCAAAAAUAAAGGAACUACCUUCUUUCUGAAUGGUGGAGCUGGAACAGGAAAAACAUUUCUCUACAAUACUAUUGCAUUGAAAUGUCGUAGCUUGGGCCAUAUCGUUGUAACCAUUGCUUUAUAUGGUAUUGCGUCAUUGUUAUUGUUAGGAGGUCGCACUGCUCAUUCGACUUUUCGCAUUCCAUUGGAUGUGUUGGAAAAUUCUGUCUUUGAUCGUAGCCUUAGGGACAUAUGCGAUAAUGAAAAGCCAUUUGGGGGUAUAACUGUAGUUCUUGGUGGAGAUUUUCGUCAAGUUUUACCAGUGGUACCUAAAGGAGUGCGUGAACAAAUUAUUAAUGCGUCAUUGAGAAUAUCUGAAUUAUGGAACGAUAUACAUGUUUUGACAUUGGAUUUGAACAUGCGCUUGAAUCCGAUGAAUCCUGAAAAUGUUACUUUUGCUAGAUUCCUAAUGGAGGUUGGAACUAAUCCACAAGAAAUUGUGCAUCUUCCACCCACAAUACGCAAAUGCCAAGACCUAACAGAAAUAUUGUCUACAGUGUACCCACAACUGGAAAUUCAAACCACAUCAACCCUAACCUAUUUGACAGAACGAUCAAUUCUUUCUGCUCAAAAUGAGGAUGUCAAUACCAUUAAUGUUGCCGCAUUAAACGUGUUUCCAGGAGAUGCAUUCACUUACUUAGCUGCAGAUAAGAUGUCUGAAGAUGAUGAACUUGAUCGUUCCAUUACGAACCGCUAUCCAAAUGAGUAUUUAAACUCAUUGGAUCCUCCUGGACUUCUGUCUUUUCGGGUAGAGUUGAAAGUGGGUUGUCCUAUAAUGUUGUUAAGGAACAUUUCCCCCAAAAAUGGACUUUGUAAUGGCACAAGAAUGAUGGUUGUUAGGUGUGGCACGCGCAUUAUUGAAGUAAAGAUUUUAUCUAGGGAAAAAUCAGGAAACUUGGAGUUUAUACCCAGAAUUUCCUUAACACCAUCGUCAUCUGAAUUUCCAUUUCGAAUGACUAGACGCCAACUUUCAGUUCGCUUGGCGUAUGCUAUGACUAUAAAUAAAUCUCAGGGACAAUCAGUAAAGUUUAUUGGUUUAGAUUUGCGCACUCCAAUGUUUAGUCAUGGCCAGCUAUAUGUCGCAUUGUGUAGAUGCACAUCUUUUGAUCAUAUAAGUAUCCUCCUCCCUGAGGAUAAAACUGACACUACAACAAAUGUUGUUUAUCCAAAGAUUUUGCUAUAG